AUGAUUCCGAAUGUUACAUUCUUCCGUUUGCAUAAAGCAGAACCUCCAAGCAACCAUAAACUGAGUGUUGGAUCCCUUCGACUCCGCACACCAGGAGACACCGAGGACAACUCACAACAAAGCAUUGGCCCUGCCAAGCAAGUGCAUCACAUGCCGACUCAUAAUCUCUUUUUAUUGCGUCAUUCCACACAGCCUCAAGGAGCAUCGGCACAACAAAGAGUCACCCAUCAUCCCCAGCAACCCUUUUCCCUCCCUCGUCGGUGCUGCUUGCAUCACAUCAGUGGUGCACCAUCAGCCAAUGAUGCCCAACAGUCUUCAUGUCGGACACGCAGCGAGAAAUGUGCAUCCAGUGUUUUUUUGAGGUUGACAUCAAUCCACCUCUCCAGCCAACAACUUACUUCGACAGUAGAAACAGCCCAAAUACGGAAGUCGAGCAAACAUAGGUUGCAUGCCACGUUCACCUCAUCUCCAAUACUGCUGUCAGCUCAGCUUCAUUCUGCAAAUUGUAGAGUAGGCAGCACAGCAGGAGGAGCAAUCCUGGCGGUUAAUCUGCACAUGCAGCUUGGUUCAUGUUUCUCAUCCCCCAAAAACACUUUCCCAAAGUGCCUACAGUGUGAGAUUGUUGUCUCCCAUCUUCACUGCGCAUGGAAGAGUCCUUCAGAAGGGAGCAGAGCAGUUGCCCUAACCCUCUCCACAUCCACACUUCGAAUUCGCUUCUUCACGCACACACACACACACCAAUUUGGGAGAGACGCAUUGUCAAUACGCAAUGCAGCGGCGGCCACUCCCUUCACAGCCAUAUCUGUCACAACACAGAAUCCACCAAGGCAGGCCACAGACGCACANCCCUAA